AUGGCUACCACGUCAUUCUCAACGUCCAUCAUUCUCACAUCCACUUCUCCCCCGACGACUUUACGAUCCACAGAUGCCACUGCUUCAUCAGCAUCAUCCCGCAACAACCCACAAGAACCCUCACUCGAGGUCAUCAUCGCGAUAGUGAUUGGAAUCCUGUUCUUCAUGGGUAUCAUAAUCGGUCUAUCGGUACUCUUCUGGCAACAUCAAGAACGAAAAAUGGCACGGAGAGCCAGGGACAAGGCGGAGUGCGUCUCACCAAUUGAGCUGGAAGCGGAGCAGCCGGUGGAGGAACCUUCACACGACGCGAGACGACGAGAUGAAAGUCGGGACAGACUACAGAGAGCUGAAUUGGAGAAUAGUGAAGUGCCGUCGGAGUUAGUUGGGGAGAAGGAGGACUUCGUUAUCAUGUUUAGGCCUUCCGUUGUGCAGCGGUAG